CUCGGCCCCCCUUGCAGGCUCCAGGACCCCCGCAGACUGCGGGAGUCGGGCGAGGGGGUAAGGGUGUGGUUCUAGCGAAGGGAGUUCUGGAAGCCCCGCAUGUGUGAAAUCUCCCCCAGCUGUCCCCCGUGGAGGGAGGGACCGCACGGUGUUAGGGAUCACUUUCCAGGGUGGGGCAGCGGCUGACGCACCCUGCUUGUGGGGGCCCACGCUGGGGGUGCCCGCCCUGGGGAGGGGACAGUCUGCGAAAGAGGAAGAGAGGAGCCCGGGGGCGGGGCGCGCACAUAGACUCCGUCACUCACACACUCUCUCACUCACACAGCCAGGCCACUCAGUCACUCGACAAACAUUCAUGAGUGCUCACCGUGGUCAAGACUGACCCCGUCCCCGCCCUUGCCACGCUCACGGGGAGGUGGAGACAGAUGGGGUCCAAAAUCACCCACCAAGGGAGUAAUUACAGUCAGUGGAGGGGACUCAGAUAUAGCUGGGCAGCUGGGUCAUGGGUCUGUGAGGCCAGGCUGGGCCUUCCUCUUGCCAUGACCUCGCUCCCCAGGCCUCUUCCCUGGACUCGCCCCUGUGUCCCCCUCUGCUCUGACCUUCCCUGUCGUCUCCUCCAGGGACGCUGUUUACUAGCGGGCCGCAGCUCAGGCCACUCUUCCCCAGUGCUGCCUCCUCCCAGCCAGCUAGCACAGCAGACCUGACUACCUCAAUGUCUGAUAGUUGGCCUAAGGAGGAUGGACAGACGGACCUCUGCCUGGCCAUCCUGCCUGGGCAGGGGGUCCAGUCUGGGCAAGGGGGGAUUGAGCCAUGUUGGACCCUGAAGGCCAAGGGGCCCUCCGAGGAGAUCCAGCUGGCAGAGAAGCUGGCUGAUGCAUUUCUUCUUCACAGUGGAGGUGAGACCGGACAGGGCGGGAGGUGAGCGAGCCUCUCAGGGUGCAGGGACAGCUACAGGACCGGUGCUCCCAUGGCCUGGUUUCUUUCGACUCACUUCCUGCCAUGUGGCUCAGAGCGGGGGAUCCACUGUGUCUAGACCACACAGAGAGGUGCCAGUGGAGAGCUGGGGCUGGACCCUGAUGGCAAGGUAGGGCGGAGGCAGAUCGGAGGGGCCACUCCGACAUCCUGGGCAGGAGGGAAGGCGGCAACCCCCAUGUGUGAGGAGGCUUGCCUGACCAUCACUUCCUCCAGAAAGCCUUCCCUGACCUCUUCCUCCAUUCACAGCCUUCCACUAGCCAGUCAUUGUCAAGUGCCUAUUUGGUGCCAGUCUCUGUUAGGUGCUAGGGACCCCCCAGUGAGCAAAUGUCCCAAGGCUGCCUUCCUGGGUGUCCCCAGAUUUGCCCCCACCUGUCACUUGAUGGAUGGUGGCUGGAGGGAGGGGCUCAGCUAGGAAAUUAUCCUUGUCCCCGGACUCCAUUCCCCAGCCCCCAGCAUGUCCUGCUGUCGUUGAUAAGUUGCUUCUGGAAAAUCCUCAAGCAGGUGUGUGUGUCAGGGGUUGGGGGGCUGAGGAAAAGCCAUUCUCAGUAGGAGGAACAGCAUGAGCCAAGGCUGGGAGGAGGAAGCCACUCUCCCUGUGCCAGGGCCGGGAGACAGAGGGGCCGCCAGGGUCGAAUGCUGGAAUCUGGAGCCCUGAGAGGGGCCUGCUGAGACUGUGAGUGGGUGCUCCAGGUGGAGCAGGGCCCCACCCAGGACAGGUCUAAGGAGAACCAGUCUGUCUGGAACAGAUCCCCUUUUAAGCUAGACCAGAAGAAGAACUUCCUGUGACCCUGUGUGUAUCAACAUGCACCCCAGACAGUACUGUGCCAACGACCCGCCUACAGGGCUCCUGGCUGAGUCUUGCCCUGACAAGCAGGUGCAGGCCUGUGUCUGGGAUCCGGGCUGGGGCCCUGAUCAGCGGCCUUCAUGCCACUGGCUCUGCAGAGCCCCCUUAGUUCAGGGCUGCCUCUAGGUGGGAGACCUGGAAAUGCCUGUGGGUCACAGAGGCCCCUGGCCUUUGGAGAGGCCCCAGGUUUCUGGGACUUGCCCAGAUGCCAUUGGUCCCAGGAACAAGCAGAACCCAGGGCAGUGGCCUCUGAGCAGCUAGUGAGAGGUCAGCCUCUCCUAGGAGCCCAUGCCCAUGGGGCACCAAGCUUCAGUGAGGAAGCCCUGGGCAGAGACAUAGAGAGGACACCGUUCCUUUUCCGUCUCUCCCUGGGACUGUUGCUCCUGGAGCCCUUUCCUUCUCUGCUUUCCUUGUGCUGUGUGGGGGGUUCAGUGAACCUGGGGCUGCAUAAACUCCCCACAGAGUGUCCAGCACCCAGCAGGUCCCGUAACUGUGAGCGGCCCCUGGCCCCUGAAUGUCACUGCACCUCAGCAGGAGCUCCUAAGAUAGAACCCGGGCUCCUCCUUCCGGUCUCCCAUCCCACCUCUCCAGAAUCUUCUCAUCUUCAGGAGUCACUUUGCCAGCAUUAGAGAUGGGUCCCUGACAUCCCAGGGCAACGCCAGGUGGACUGGGCUGCAGAGACAGACGGUGUGACAUGGUAGAAAGGGUCAGGAGACAGAUCUGAAUGGGGCCUUGGGACAGACGCCUGUCGUCCCUGAGCCUGCUUCCCAGGACCCUAAAAUGGUAAUCAUAUUGGACAACCGUCUCCGGCCGUCAGGGUUGGGACCCUGAUGAAUGGCAAGCCAACUGUCAGGAAAGCGCGCCCCAUUCUCCCCUCAGACUUCCCUCAACAUUCCCGGGAACGCCUCGGCGCAGUAGGGCCCGGGUCCACACUCACCCGCACACCUGCUGCUACGCCCUUGUCCGGGAGGGACUGGGAUCCGCCUUCUAAGAGCCGGUCCUUCAUCUCAGUCCUGUCACUGCCCUGAGACCCGACCCGUCGCCGCAGCAUCCAGGCGCGCAAUGGUGAUGACCCCGAAGCCUCGCAGGCUGGAGCCUAGGUCUCCAAGAGGGCGCGACAGGUAACCUCUGGGGCUCCAAAUCACGCCUCAGCCUCGGCGGGCGCCUGCGAGUCCCGGGCCCGGGAGUGGUCCAGGGGGCGGGGCCCCCGGACUGGGCGGGGCCUCCGGGUCCCGCCCCGCGUCGGCUUCGAGCCUGCCGAGUGGCGGGGCGCAGAGCAGAAGCCCGGCGCGGGCUGGCUGAGCGCGGCACGGGCCGGGAUGCGCUCGCUCCUGUAGCCCGCGUUCCACCGUCUGGGCGCAGCACCACCCUAUGGCAGGUAGCGGCGGCCUGGGCGGCGGGGCCGGGGGCGGCCAGGGCGCGGGGGCCGGGCAGGGGGCCGCGCUGCGGGUGCCGCGUGCGCCGCUGCUUCUCGCCGCGCUGGUGCUCGGCGCCUACUGCCUCUGCGCCCUCCCCGGCCGCUGCCCGCCGGCCGCCCGCGCUCCGGUGCCGGCGCCCGCGCCCGCUGAGCCGCUCCGCGCCGUCGGUCCCCGGGGGGCGCCGGGCCUGCCUGUGGCCAGCGGCCCGGGACGCCGGCGCUUCCCGCAGGCGCUCAUCGUGGGCGUGAAGAAGGGCGGCACGCGCGCCCUGCUGGAGUUCCUGCGGCUGCACCCCGACGUCCGCGCGCUCGGCUCUGAGCCCCACUUCUUCGACAGGAGCCUGAUGCCACGCACCCUGGACGGGCAGAUCACCCUGGAGAAGACCCCUAGCUACUUCGUGACUCGGGAGGCCCCCGGCCGCAUCCACGGCAUGUCCCCGGACACGAAGCUGAUCGUGGUGGUGCGGAACCCUGUGACGCGGGCCAUCUCCGACUACGCCCAGACGCUCUCCAAGACCCCGGGCCUGCCCAGUUUCCGUGCCCUGGCCUUCCGCCACGGCCUGGGCCCCGUGGACACGGCCUGGAGCGCCGUACGCAUCGGCCUGUACGCCCAGCACCUGACCAACUGGCUGCGGCUCUUUCCCCUGUCCCGCUUCCUAUUCGUCAGCGGGGAGCGCCUGGUCAGCGACCCGGCCGGGGAGGUGGGCCGCGUGCAGGACUUCCUGGGCCUCAAACGCGUGGUCACGGACAAGCACUUCUACUUCAAUGCCACCAAGGGCUUCCCCUGCCUCAAGAAGGCCCAGGGGGGCAGCCGCCCCCGCUGCCUGGGCAAAUCCAAGGGCCGGCCCCACCCCCGCGUGCCCGAGGCUGUGGUCCGGCGCCUGCGGGACUUCUACCGGCCCUUCAACCGCAGGUUUUACCAGAUGACCGGCCAGGACUUUGGCUGGGACUGAGGAGGACGGGCCAGCCCGUGCCCGGCCCGGGGACCCUCGCUCACCUUAAUUUAUGCCGGCCGCCGGGCCGUGGAGCCUGCAGACAGAUGAUGGGUAGGGAAAAGUAUUUAAGGAAUAAAGCCUGGGUCUGUGUUCUUCCACAUAAUCUGGAAGGUGGCCAGACGGGGGGCUGGAGGUGCCACCGCCCAGGGAAACGCUAACCAUACCACCUGUCUCUACAGGGCACCGUUCGUAUGCCCGGAGUGGUCCAAAACCCAAUCCGUAGACAUCCCUUGGGGUGUGCAGUGAGCUUGGCCACAUGUCACACAUGAGCAACUGAGGCUCAGAGAAGUUUAGGGCCUGCCCAGUGACGCACAGCUCAGACUCUGGAGGCCCUCCUGUGCGCCCUGGGAUGCUGAGCUAUGCUGGAAUGUUGUCCCCGUGCGGCAGAUGAGGAAACUGAGGCUCCAGGUUGCCCACGUGAGGGCUGGGGGGGGAUGAAAGUUGGAUCUGGCCAACUCAGGGCUGCACCCAUGACUGCGGCUGAUUUCGUGUCUUAGUGCCCAUUGGAUGCUCCCUCCUGGGAAUCUGGUGAGGUUGCGUUACACGGAGUGUGACGUGAGGAGCAGCAGCGGGGUAUUGGUUUUAAGCGUCCCCAAGCCCCUGGGGACAGUGUGGCACCACCCACCACAGGCCACACCCAUGCUGCCACUCCCACCCUCCAGACCCUGCCCGCUUGGGGGGGACGUGCCCUCUCAGUGGGUUCCACCCACUCCCCCAGGCCCUGGAUGCCCCAGUUCUGCUGUGUUCCAGGAAGGGCUCCCGCCUUUGGGGGAUGGGCAGAGGUGAAUGCCCAUCUGGGGCCCAGCUGCCUGCUCAGAUCCUGACUUAGGCCAGGCUCGGGUGGGCUAGGCUGCCCUAUCCACCCCUCUGCCCCUGGGAAGGUGGGGGCCCCUUCCUAAUGACUGUCACCUGCUCCUGGCCACAACGUUGCUUGCCAGGUGCCCACAAACCGCCCUGACAAUGACCUCCGGGGACCCUUGGAACCAAGCCUGGCAUGCCCCGGCUGUGCUGGGUCCUCACAGGACCUGGCUGCGUCCUCUGCACCCCAGGCCUUGGGUCCAUAUCAAAUCUUCAGCCCUGCUGUGGCCUUUCCAGCUCUGGGCUAGUUGGAGUAGCUGCCCGUCCUGGGCCCCGGGGUGGAAAUGAGGGAGGAUUUCCAGGGGAGUGAUCGCUUUCCUUCCAGGCACCUUUUCUGGCUAACCGUGAGCCAGCGGGCCCAGCAGUCACGGUGGCUACUGUCUUUGUCACAUGACCUUACCAGUGGUAGACACCUGGGGUCACCUGAUUGUGAGAAGAGGCUCGACAGGAAGUGGGGAGGGAGUUGGGGGCAUCUCUCCUCAGCGGCCCGGAACCUGCCCCUCGCUCCUGCUGGUUCUGGGCCCAGAGGACCCUCCUGUCUGGAUUGUCCUGAGGGGCCAGCACUGUCAGGAAGCUCUGCCAUCGGGGCCAGGCCAGAGGCAGGACCGGGGGCUGGUCCUGAGACACCCUGGCGGAGAUGCGGUGGCAGAUGUGGGCAGAUGCGGCUGAGACACAACUGCAGGCCCCUCCCCCGCCUGGAUGUCUGCCGUGGGAGGAGGGGAGGGCUGGCCCAACGUGCAAUAAUGGUGACCAACGUGCAAUAACGGUGACGAGGCAGGGGCCUCCGGGCCCCGCUGGAUGGCAAGGCCUGGGCUUGGCGUCUCUGUCCCCAUUCCCGGUGCUGGGGCCCCACUUAGCGACCGUGUGGCAGCCCGCCCUGGGUGUCAGGGUGGGAGGGAAGGCAGUUCCCAGCCUGGGCCAUGCCCGCUGCUUCCCUCUUCCUGGACACACCCUUGUCCAAACUUUUAGCAGCUCCGGCCCUCUGCGGCUUGCCCCCACCCCUAGCCGGCAUGCCACCCUCACCCCUACGCUCUUGUCCCCACAGCUCCUUCCACCUGUCUCGAUCUGCGUAGCCUUUGUACAUGCUGUUCCCUCUGCCUGAAAUGCCUUUCAGGCACAGAAGGUGCGGGCUGAGAGGGGACAGCCUAGGAGUGCGGAGGCUGUUCCCUCACACCAGUCUCCUUUCCUCCCUACAUUUAGAGCCCCUUUCCCGAGCCCACUGACAUGACCCACUUUUCCCUUCCGGAAGCUUCUUGGAAGCAGAGCUGUGGGAGCCACCAGUUUGUCUGGCUCUGGUGCCCAGAAGGCAGGCUGGAAACAGUGUGGAGAAAGGGUGAGCUGGCUGGUCCCGGUCCUCCCCCAUCCCCCUCCCAGUGGAAACUGGGCCUGACUGCCCGCCAGCGCCCAGAGCCAGGUGCCCAGCUGGGCCUCAGAACACACUGAGGGCAGAUGCGGUGGGUCUUCCCGGCUGUGUGUGGGGGUGGGUCUCCGUGGGAGAGUCAUCGGCCUUUAAUUAAAGUCCCUAAAUUGUUUCCCCAGCUGCUCAGUGGGUUUUCCAUGUUGGAAUGUUCCAGAUGGAGCACAAAGUGCUGAUCCAAUUACCUUCUUCCUGUUCUGCUCAGUGGGGGAGAAAAGGCUGGGGACCCCUUCUCCGUUCCUCACAAGC